UGCUUAGCUAUACCACCCGCGUCGUGUGCUAUAACAAAUGGCUGCUUAGUACUUAGCGAUCGACAGACAUGAUAUGGACGGACGGCAAGCUAGUUUCUGAAAUGGAGUUAGUGAUAAUAAGGCGAUUGUUGAUUUUUUUACAGGCAACGAAGGAGUUCCUGGACACUUUGAACGACACGGGCGCGGCGUGCGUGUCGCGGGCCAUCGCGAUCAAGUUCCUGUUGGCGCGCAAGUUCGAUGUGGCGCGCGCGCACUCGCUGUGGCGCCAGCACGAGGCCACGCGACGCCGCGAGGGCCUCACCAAGUUCGAGCCCUUCGAGGACCCGCUCAAGAGCGAGCUGCAAACUGGAAAGUUCACUAUACUGCCGACUCGAGACGCGACGGGCGCAGCCAUCGCGGUGUUCACUGCCAACAAACACUUUCCUACGCAGACGUCGCACCAAACCACUCUACAGGGCCUCGUGUACCAGUUGGACGUGGCGCUGCAGUCGAUCGAGACGCAGCGCGCCGGCCUCGUGUUCAUAUACGACAUGACGGACUCCAAGUACACCAACUUCGACUACGAACUGUCGCAGAAGAUACUCACCAUGCUCAAGGGCGGUUACCCGGCCAAACUAAAGAAGGUGCUGAUAGUGACGGCGCCGCUGUGGUUCAAGGCGCCGUUCCGCAUCCUGCGGCUCUUCGUGCGAGAGAAGCUGCGCGAGCGUGUGCACACUGUGAGCGCGCCACAGCUCGGCGCGCACGUACCCCGCGCCAGCUUGCCGCGCCAGCUCGGCGGACAGCUGGAGCCCGACCACGCCGCCUGGCUGGAGCAUUGCAGAAACUGUUACACGAACAACUUGGUAUCAAAGUGCGACGGAGUCAUCGACGACUAUGUAAUUAGCAAUCACAUACCACCGGUCAAACAACAAAAUGGUAUAAUAAAUGAGGACAGUGAGUGUGACAUGACCAGCGACCGCGUGCCCCGUCUCGACAACGGCUCCGACAUCAUGCACAUCAGUGGCGACCCUGCCUAUACCUGCGACCCCAGCCCGCUUAGACACACGCACGGCUACAAUGGCGACAUGAAGGCCGGACACAUAAACUCGGCCGACGAGGACGACUUGGACUUAAUCACAGCUCGAGGCACGUGGUCGUCGGGCGAGGCGUCCCCCGGCCUGUCGGACGAGGAGUGCGGCGGCGGCGGCGCGGGGGAGACGCCGGCGGCGCUGCUGGCGCGCCUGCACUCGCUGGGGCGAAGGGGGCUGGUCGCGGAGUAUGAGGAGAUACGCGCCCGUCCCCCCAAUGGGACCUUCCAUCAUGCCAAGCUCCCCAGCAACCUAGCCAAGAACAGAUACACGGACGUGCUGUGCUACGACCACUCGCGCGUGCUGCUGUCGCAGGAGGACGACGACCCCAGCUCCGACUACAUCAACGCCAACUACGUGGACGGCUAUAAGCAGAGGAACGCCUUCAUAUGCACGCAGGGUCCACUACCAAAAACGUUCGGUGACUUCUGGCGGAUGGUGUGGGAGCAGGGCAGCCUGGUGGUGGUGAUGACGACGCGCACGGUGGAGCGCGGGCGCGUCAAGUGCGGCCAGUACUGGCCCGCCACAGAGGGCGCGCGCGCCGUGCACGGAGGGUUCGCCGUCACCACCGAGGCGAUCGAGCUGGAUGACGACUAUGUCGUGUCGCAUCUGCUGCUCACGGAUCUGAGGACGGAGCAGCGGCGGCGCGUGUGGCACGGGCAGUACACGCGCUGGCCCGACUACGGCGUGCCGGGCGGCGGCCGCGCGCAGCCCGUGCUGCGCUUCCUCGCGCUCGUGCGCCGCGCGCAGCACCGCGCGCGCCAGGAGUUGGGAGACGCAUGGGCGGGACACAGUAGAGGGCCGCCGAUCGUUGUUCAUUGUUCGGCGGGCAUUGGACGAACAGGAACGUUCCUGACGCUGGACAUGUGCACGUCGCGGCUGGCGGCGGAGGGCGUGAGCGACGUGCGCGGCACGGUGGAGCGCAUCCGGCAGCAGCGCGCGCACUCCAUACAGAUGCCCGACCAGUACGUGUUCUGCCACCUCGCGCUGCUCGAGUACGCGGUAAUGCACGGCUACUUAGAGUCUGCGGACCUGACGGGCUUUGACGAGGACGUCGAAGAGGAGUCGGAAUGAAGACUGUCCCGACCACUCUGCAUCGUGCUGUGAGCAUGCCGUCGCUGCGCCGACACGCCGACAUAAAUCGCCGACGUGCCGUCAAAAAUCGCCGACACGCGACAAAAUCGCCGAAACUAAAGCUUGGAAAUCGCAGAAGAAUGAAAGACAAAAUGGAGCUGUGUGGCCUUAUAUAACCUGCCUAUAUUAUUUAGCCGAAGUGUCUCAGAAAAUAAGGCCAUAGAUUUCUUAAUGGAGCAUGCUUUGCCACAAGUUGAUGCUAGAUUGAAGCCAUAUUACAGUACAAGAUUUAUAGACUUAUUUCAGAAACUGUAUAAAAGCUGGUCUUUCCUUCUGUUUAGUGAUGAUAAGUGAUAUAUAAAUUACGCAAUGUGACAUCGGCAAAUAACAAAGUGUCGGUAAAACGGCUCGCACAAAGCGACUUGUGUUCACUAGUGUAAAGUGUGCGGCAUCGUUUGUGUUCUUUGUGAUUGCGCACUAACACAUCGUGGUAUACUAUUGGACAGAACAUCUGUGAACUGUGUGAAGUGACUUUACUCAGGAGAAUAUGUACUCAGAGGCACAGUUAUCCGUCCAAUUUAAUAUAUUCGCGUCAUAUUAAAGUGGGCGGAUAAUUGUGCCUCUGAGUGUAGUUUGCGUCAGUGUGUGCCGAGCUUUAACUUCACUUGCGGCACGUUUUAUGUGACACUGUGUAUCGCGUCAUUCAAAAGUGGACUGUAUGUCUUGGUAUGUAGAUAUAUUUUUAGUUGCUCAAAAUAAAUGUAUUGAGUAUUGACAUAUGUAAAUUAUUGUUACGUGGCAACUUAUUUACUACAAGAUUUUGUAUGGACAAUCAUACUGCAUAUUGUAAUUGCAUAAAAAUGCAGUAUUUUAACAAUAAAAGGUCAUGUAUAUGAGUCUGUUGAUUAAUCAUUCACCCAAAAGUUAUUGAUGAGAUUCUGAAAAGUUUAGCAGAACUAAAACUCUUUUGAGAAAUGUUGAUGAUUUAAGUAUUUAAAUUCCAUUAGAUUAUCAAAUCUCUGUCUAUGAAAUUAAGGUCCACUUUUGAAUGAUAUCUAUACCGGUUUGCAUGUAUCAUGCUGUAUACAAGUGUCUAUAGCUCUAUAUUACUUUACGCUCAGUCCAGGAAGGGUGAAUUCGCCGCGAUUCUCUCGCGCGUGUUACGCGCGACCGUUGCGUCCACAAGGUGCGUACCAACGCGCGAACUUUGAGGAGGAAUUCAGUACGAAACAUGGAGUUGAACGUGCACUCGCUCUAGAGUUCGCGCGUUAACGCAACACAACAAGGCGUCCCUAGUAUCUCGAUUCGCGAGCAAUACGCGCGAAUCACGCGCGAGUCGAGUCUGGCGCAUUUACGCGCGUAUUUUAAAUUCGCGCGAUGCUUGUGGACGCGAUGUAUUGAUGUCUUGUACUUCGACAACGCGCGUACGAAUCGCGCGAUACGAUUCGCGACGAAUUCGCCCGUUCUGGACAAGGUCUUAGUGCCCCCACUUGUCCAUGUAAUGAACCAGCCCUAGCGGUAAGUCUAUUAAUGUAUACUUAAAAUGAGAAUAAAAAUAUUUAAAUCAAAACGUUCCUGUAGUAUGAAUAAGAGUGAAUAUUGAAUUAUCAAAAUUAUACCUCUCUCUCUCUCUAACAAUGUCUGUCGUCAACUAUUGUGGAUCAAUUCAAGACCUAGGGUUUUUGAGAUUUUUUUUUAUACACCUUUGUUUAUAAAGGUGGUUUUUGUAUGACUGAUUAUGAUUAUGGUGUUUAAGGUUGCAAAAUCAGGCAACCUAUUCAUCAAACCAAAAAAAAUUACAGCCAAAAAAAAGUAUUGGUGACUUAGUUUACUAUAUUUCUAACCUUAGGUAAAACUAUGACGUUAGCUAUUUAUUUUUAGAAUUGAUCACACAAAGUCACAUGCAUACAAUUAUCUGACUUCUUUGGUUUAAAUCAUGUUGUUUAAUGUAGGAUGAUGCGGGUGAUAGUUCGUUUCAUUCUUGAAAGUUUGUCGUGAUUCACGAUAAUAGUACGUAUUAUGAACAUCAUACAGGCGAUUAUCACCGUACCCAUGGUAUCUGAAAAACACUUUAGUAUAAUAAUUCUAUCAGAUAAUAUUUUCUAUGAACAGUAUAUUAUUAUCUCAUGAAGUGCAAAUGACAUAUCGAACUCUACCUGUGAAAUCGAAAAUAGUUCUCUCUUUUUCGUUGUGAUGUGACGAAAGAGAAAGCCAUAUUUUAGUAUUGGUCGACAUUUGUCUUUUUCUAUGAAGCUUAGAGAUAUCUUUUGCAGUGCAUUUUAAUCUUAGGUUAUGGGAUCCUAUGGAAAUGGGAUCACAAAAUGUUCUCAAUUUUGUAAAACACUAGGUAUUGGAAUUGAACCUUCAUAAAGUUGAUUAUAGACAUUAAUUUUCACAUUACACAAUAUUGGUAACCAAAAUAAAACACUGUAAACACCCCCUUAUUAAUAUUUACUGUUUAGGUACCCUCUAUGUUAUUUAUUUAUAUAUAUAAGAAAGUAUGGCUGUGUGAAGACUUUCUCGUGUCUUUAAUUUAUGUAGUUGUUUAUACUUUUUAUUAUAAUUACUAUAAUAUAUUCUAUUGGUGAACACUUAAAUUGUAUAGUGAGCGGCAUGUAAGUUGAACUAUGCAAGUGUUAUCGACGGUGUGAGGUGACAUGAGUAACCAUAGCAACACGUGGACGCCAUUACAAUUGCGUACAAAAUUUAUUUAUUAAGUGAUAGCUUUUUUUGGGAAGGUAAACCGCUUCGUAACACACCAGGGGUGUGUUUGUGGUUUUAGCAGGAACACCAAUGGUUUGGGGUCAGGAGGGGCAUUUUUGUCGGUAGAAGUCCGGCACAUUUUUUAAAAGAAUAUUUGCCGUAUCUUUUUUUUUUUUGUAAUAUGACCAAUAUCCCCAUUUUCCUUCAGUAGUCGAAAAAGAUUGUGCUAGGAGUGGGUACGACAGUAGACAAACGGGGCGGGGAUCGAACCACCUCCCCUCGGUGAUGAAUCCGACCGCUCUUACUGUUGAUCUAUUGAGGCUUUAUCUCACGCAUACGGCAGCGCUGUGGAGAGUUCCAAGAGGCACAUUAUUUUUUAUUAUUACUUGACAUCUUUAAUGUACCGGGCAACCGCAAAUCUCGUCUACCAUUUAUGUAAUUGUACCCGCGCAGACACGUGUCAUUUUGGUUUUGGUGUAACUUACUUGCCGUUGUCUAUACUUGUUUUAUACUGGUUUGAUAUCAAUUAAUAUUGUGAGGUGCUGGUAGGUUAACGCCAUUCUUUUCUCGAAAAUUCCAUGCAUUCAUUCAUUGUACUUCACAUUUUUAUAACUGAUUAAAUUAAUAAAUUAAUUAUACUUAUAAUAUCUAUAAUGUGCACUUAUUUAGAUCACCUGACAUUUGAUUGUGUGUUAAAGUAUACAGUGUAUCCUGCCAUCUUGCUCAUUAUAUACUUUGUAACUUGAACUGACAGUGGGAUUUCUCUCUUUUGAGCCAGUGAGAUGUUAAGAUCACGAUAACCUCCUUGACAAGUCUGUAAAAUACUAACAAUAUAUAUUGGCUAUCUCAUUUCAUGACUUGUUACAAUGCACCUCUGACUAAAGUCCGGCCGCUCAGAGAUUGCGUUUCUGACAGGUCGUGAUCGAAUGUGACAAACAUUGAAACAGCGCAGUUCAACAACCUUGUACGCCAGUUCGAAGUUAUGUCGCCCUUUCGAUCACGACCUAUCAGAAACGCUAUCUCUGAGCGGCCGGACUUUUGGACUCGAUCUUGCCCAUAUUGGCAAGAUUACGCUUUGCUGUUCUAUGUACAGUUAAGUAAUACAGGACUUAACACUUUGCCUAAAACGCCUACAAGGUUAUUGUAUUAUUAUACAAUAAACUUUUAUUAUAUACUUAUACAGUUAUGUUAACUUUAACUGCACUUACUAUCUACUAGGAAACUACGAGUGAAUUUGCACCCCUUCCAAGUGUGACUUCUUCAAGCUUUUUCAACCAAUUCGUUGAAUUCGCACCUCUAGAGAUAAUAUCUCACUGAGCAAUUACCAAUUGAGAGACAUUGUAUACUUGAAUUAUGAUUAAUAUUGAAUGGUUAUAGACUGAAUACUGUUAAUUUUCUCCAAAUUUUUAUUAACAAGCUGAUGUCUCUAUGUGGAAGCAUAUUGUUAUAAGCGAUUAGUUCUAAUAAUCAAAACAAAAUAGGUGUAAAAGUAUUAUAAUUCUCGAUAAAUAAUAAUCAUAGUUAAAAAUAUAUGUUAAUAUAAAUAUAUUUAAAGUAACAUCUAGUAAAAUGUUAGCUAUAGAUCCAAGACUAAAGGAAAGUUUAUUUUUCAAGGGAUGUAUGUAUUAAUCACAUAUCGUAAAUAUACUCUGAGAGCCCAUCUAGUAAAUUGGAUUGCCCCACUACUUUGUUUUAUUUCUAUGAAAAAUUAACAUAAAAAUUACUAAAAUAAAUAUUAGACUUUGACUUUUUAUAUUGAGGUUUAAACUAAUACAAGUCAGCAAUAUUAUAGCAGAUUAGAGAAAAGGAGAAUUUGGAAAUUUUGUAAUUAAAUUGGAGAGUACGUAAUAGAAAAUUUAUACCAAAUUAUGUGACAAUAAUAAAUUCAAUGACAUAAUUUUUAUGUAUAAAAUAUAUACAUAAAUACAUUAAAAAUAUUAACUAACUGGAAUAUAGUUGAUGUCCGCGAGAUCUUACGCAUUGAUUUUAAAGAUUCUGCGUUUUUUUUAUUUUUGGUAUAAAAAUCUUGACAUUUUUGUCUUCCUUUCUUCCAAAAUCAAAGGUUAAGUCGAAAGUUGGUUAACAUAGAAAUAAUAUUACUUCACAUUUAUAAUAUCAGAAUGAUUACAGUUUGUUUCAUAUAGGAUGUUCAGUUCGUUUCACUAUUGAAAGUUUGCCGCGAUUUACGAUAAUAGUACGUAAUGUCAUACAGGCGACUGUCACUGUAUGGGUACGGUGACAUCUGCUAAAACACUAAGCUAGUUGUCUAGGUGGGCUCUCAGAUGUAUCAGAUGUAUAUUCAACCGCCGUCCUAUCACGCAACAGACAUAUCGCAACGCCUACCGCUUCAUCACAUCGCAUGUCACCUGUAACGCUAUUCUGUAACGAUGUUUUCUCUCUGUCUGACAUGAUACUAUAGACAGAGAUAGAGACGAUUACGAAACUCAUUGUCGAGUUAUAAAUACAUCGUUUUAGAAUAGCGAUACUCUCUCUACUGAAUUUCGACACCGCUGUUUACUUUUAUCUUGGUUUCUUCACAAUGUUUACUUUACAACUUAAUCCUUAAUUUGUUCACUUAACUGCGUAUGUAGUUUGUGACGUCACAGGUUGCUAUUAUGACAAUGACACAAACCAAUUCUUGUUACAUGUAUUAUUAGUCAAAUAUGGCGUCUGCACACACAUACAUUUUGCUUGUGUAUUGACUACUAGCUGAUUACCCGCGGUUUCAUAACCCGCGGGAUAAGAUACAGCCUAUGACACUCAUUGAUAACGUGGCUUUGUAUUGGUUUAAGAAUUUUCAAAUUAGUAAAAACCCUACAGCCUUACAAACGUUAAUUCUUCGUAAUAAUAUACACAGAGGCACAAUUAUACGGCCACACUAAUAUACUCACGUCAUAUUAGAGUCGUUGGAUAAUUGUGCCUCUGAGUAUAUCAAGAUGUUGAAAUGUAAUUGAUUAUGUUUACACUUAGACACUUCUCAACCAUAACGCGCCAAUAAAUAUUUCGAUGAAUUAAUUCUUAAAAAUCUGUUAAGUAUGUAUUAACAUACUUAACAGAUUUACAAGGGAUAGGGAUCGUUCGAGUUUCAAAGGAUCCUUUCUUCUUGAUUUUCAAAAUUUAUAAAGCGAUAUUGUCGCUUUUCCGGUUCAUUAUCGCAUUUUUAAGUACCUAUCCUAGUAUUUAUUUAUAGAUUAUUUGUAUAAGUAUGUGUUAUAAAUAUUGUUUUUUGAUUAUCAGAGCAAAGUUUUCUCGUUUCAUAUCAUUAGUGCCGCAUUACUUUAGUGCAAUGAAAGGUUUACACAUUUUAACGAUUUUACUUAAAACGUUCUAACGGCCAGUUUCUUCAUCGUAAGUAACAGUCAAAGUAACGUCAUAAAGCAAAAGUGAUGGUCUUAAUCACGGAAAAAUAAAGUCUUCUUUACUACUUACUACUUUUACUGUUACUUUAGCUUUACAUGAAGAAACUGGCUGUAAAUAUCACAAGAUCCCCUUUUGUUUGAGGAACAUUAUUUCCAUAUUUGAAUGGUAUUUGACCGAAUAGCUAAAUUCGGUGUAAAUAUCAAAAGAUCCCCUUUUGUUUAAUGAACAUUGAAUUGUCCGGUAUUUAAACGAAUAGCUAAAUCCGAAUUGAGAUUUAAUUCAUUAUUCAAAAGAGGAUCUUUUCAUAUUUAGCCCGAUCUAAAUAUGAAAAUAUCCUAGAUACUUGAAGUAUCGAUUUAGCUACCUUGUAAUUUGUAAACCUUUCGUUACUUAGAUGUCAUUCACACCUCCCGCUAUAGCAGUAGAUAAUAGAAAUAAUUUAGGAAAUGUGUACAUUUAGUUGUCUACAUCCAGAACAGUUCAAUUGAAGUUAAGCCAAGAAUAUUCGGCCAUAUUCGGUAUUUGGGUAAAUAUUGCAAACUUGAAAAUUCAAAGUUAUGUUUAACAACCAAUAAUACCUACCUAAUUGGAAAUGUUUGGCAUUGGGCGAAUGAAUACCGAUAUUUUUUUUUACAGAAUAUUAGUGUCUAUAGUUCAAUCUAGCUUAACAACAAUCAAAUGAUAAAUAUUAUUUAUGUAGUACCUUGUUUCUAAAAAAAGCCGUUCUUAGAUAUGUACAUAAUAUCGCACUAGUUAUAUGAAAAUCGAAUGUAAUUUUAUAUCCGUUUUUGUUAUGAUAAAAUCAAAAAUUUCUAAUUCUGCUGAACUAUAGGUAUUUUUCAAUUUAACAAUAUAUCGUUUAAGGAAAUUGUUAUUCCGGAACGCGUGUUGGUUCUUGGUAUCUGUAAAUAUACUAUCUUUUUUUUAUAUGUUUAAAAUUUAAAUUAAAAGCCCUUGUGAAAUAUGUGUGAAAUAAAGAAAUACUUGUAAUAUAUUGA